AUGGAAGAAGCACAGCUGGUAUUCGUCCCUGUCCCUGGUAUGGGCCAUCUUAUAUCCAUGGUGGAACUGGCAAAGCUUCUUCUUAACCGCCACCACCAACUGACCAUCACUGUCCUUAUCAUGAAGCUAUCAAAUUAUGAUUUCAAUGUUAUUGAAAAUUAUACUCAAUCAGUUGCAGCCUCCACUUCUUUAUCAAAUCGAAUCAGAUUCAUGGACUUACCCAAAGAUGAGCCUGAAGUAUUUGGUUUUUCUUCUUUUAUUGAGAGGCAGAAACCUCAUGUCAAACAAAUUGUUUCUGAGAUCACAAAAAAUGAGUCUAAUUCGCCUCGACUCAUUGGUUUAGUGCUUGAUAUGUUCUGCACGCCGAUGAUAGAUGUUGCUAAUGAUUUUGGUCUUCCAUCUUACAUUUUCUUUACUUCAAGUGCAGCUUUUCUUGGUUUCAUGCUUCAUAUGCAGGUGAUUUGUGAUGAACAAAAAGCUAAUCCGACUGAGUUGAAGGAAUUGAACCCUGAGUUGGUAGUCCCCAGUUUGGUAAAUCCAUUUCCUACUAAGGUUAUGCCCUCUGCGCUGUUAGGAAAAGAGAUUCUUCCUCCUUUGCAAAACUUUAGAAGGUUUAAGGAAGUUAAGGGAAUUAUUGUAAAUACGUUCUUCGAGUUAGAAUCCUAUGCCAUUGAGUCUUUUUCUGAUGGAAAAGUUAAAAACCUCUCUCCCUUGUAUCCAGUUGGUCCGAUUCUGAAUCUGGGUGAUGAUGGAAGAAGCAAACAUCAAGAAAUCAUGCAAUGGCUUGAUAAUCAGCCUGCAUCAUCGGUGGUGUUCUUGUGCUUUGGGAGCAUGGGAAGUUUGAGUGAGGAUCAAGUGAAAGAGAUUGCCAAUGCACUAGAGCAUAGUGGACAUCGAUUCUUAUGGUCCCUACGUCGACCACAUCCCCCAACAGGUAGAAUGGAGGCUCCAAGUGACUACGAUAAUCCACAGGAAGUUCUACCUGAAGGAUUCUUAGAUCGAAUGGCUGGGAUUGGAAAGGUAGUUGGAUGGGCUCCACAAGCAGCAAUUUUAGCACAUGAAGCUAUAGGAGGAUUUGUUUCUCACUGUGGAUGGAAUUCUAUGUUGGAGAGCAUAUGGUAUGGUGUUCCAGUUGCAGCAUGGCCAAUAUAUGGAGAUCAACAAUUUAAUGCUUUUGAAAUGGUGAUUGAAAUAGGAUUAGCUGUGGAAAUUAAAAUGGAUUAUAGGAAAGACAGCGAAAUAAUUGUAAGUUGCGAUGAAAUUGAAAGAGGAAUAAGGUCUGUGAUGGAGCUGGAUAGUGAAAAAAGAAAGAAAGUGAAGCAGAUGAGUGAAAGAAGCAGAAUGACUAUAAUGGAAGGAGGAUCUUCAUAUAUGUGGUUAGAUCGUCUAAUGAAAGAUGUCAUGGACAAUAUGUCAUAAUUAAAACAUUCCCAUUAUCUCAAUGGACAAUAUGCCCAUCUUAGUCGAACAGUGAGCAGAACUACACCUUUUGUUUUUAAGUUAGACUUUAUAAUUUUAUUUGUCAUUUUUCUUUCCUUCCAAUUUUGCAAAUGUUGCCGGCCAUGGUUCCAACUCAAGGAUGUAUUCUGCUUCAAUUAUCUUUUGCUUAGUUUAGAAUGUUUAAGAAUUUGUUACAUAUGCCAAUCGCUCUCUUUUCUAUUUUGACUAGAAACAAACACAUCCAAAUUUUUCUUUAUCGUCAAUCGCGGUGAUAGAUCUGCUAUGCCCAUAUGUAAGGUUUUACAAAGAGUCUACUUCAUAUUCUGUACGUAAGAAAAUAAUGAGAUAACUUGUUUGUAUA